AUGGCAACCCGAAUUCAAACCUUUCGCACCCUCCUCCCAGACCUCACAACCUCCCUAACCCAAUUCCAACAAUCCCCCUCCAAAUUCCGCAUCCUCAAAACCCUCACCUCGACCUCCUCCUCCUCACCCAAUGAUCCCACCCCACCAAAACCCUCCUCCUCCGACUCCCCCAAAACCCUCUUCAUCCUCGACUCCUCCUUCAACCCCCCCUCAAUCGCCCACAAAACCCUUGCCCUCUCCGUCCUGGAAAAACCCUACACCGCCAAAUCCCCCUCCCCGCACCGCCUCCUACUCCUCUUCGCGGUGAUGAACGCAGACAAAGCGCCCUCGCCCGCGGCCUUCGAGCAGCGUCUGGCCAUGAUGACCGUCUUCGCGCGAGAUCUCCUGGAUACGGUCGAGGAUUCGACAACAGAUCCGGAGUACAUCCCGGUUCCGAUCGACAUCGGCGUCACGAAAGCGCCUUACUACACGGAUAAAUCCGCGGCGAUUGAGGACGAGGGGACGGAGUGGUAUCCGGAUCGACCGAAACAUGUCCAUCUGGUGGGGUUUGAUACGUUGACGAGGUUGUUUAAUGCGAAGUAUUAUCAAAAAUUUGAUCCGCCUUUCUCGGCAUUGGAAUCUUACUUCGGCAAGAGGCAUCGGUUCCGGGUGACGAUGAGGCCGGACGAUGAGUAUGGGAGUGUGGAGGAUCAGGAGAGUUUUGUGAGGAAGUUGGCUGGUGGAGGGAUGGAGGGUGAUGGGGCGAAGAGGGAGUGGGCGGGGUUGGUGGAGUUGGUGCCGCCGAAUCCGGAGGCGGGUGUGAGUAGUACGAAGAUUCGGAGGGCAGCGAAGGAGGGGGAUUGGGAGACUGUGGGAAGUUUGUGUACGCCUGGGGUUACGGAGUGGGUUAGGAGGGAAAGGUUGUAUGAGGAGGAUGAUCGGGGGGCGAAGAUGGCCUGA